AUGCAGACGGCUUCUACAAACAUUUGUGAAAGAAUGGGUCGCUCUCAGGAGCUCAGUGAUUUCAAGUGUGGUACUGUGAUAGGUUGCCACCUGUGCAAUAAGUCCAUCUGUGAACUUUCAUUACUACUAAAUAUUCCACGGUCAACUGUUAGUGGUAUUGUAACAAAGUGGAAGCAACUGGGAACAACAGCAACUCAGCCACCAAGUGAGCGGGGUCAGCACAUACUGAAGCGCACAGUGCGUAGGACUGUCUGCAGAGUCAAUAGUUAAAGACCUCCAAACUUCAUGUGGCCUUCAGAUUAGCACAACAACAUUGCAUAGAGAGCUUCAUGGAAUGGGUUUCCAUGGC